CAACAGCAACGCAGCCUCACCCAUUGCUUCUCGCGCGAUCAUCGAGCGAGUGCUUCUUUGGUGCCGAGGGUCCUGUGUGACGAUGUGAUAGCUGCCGCAAGCGACCGGUCCUGCUGGAAAGAAACAAUACACGCGUCAAUAUGGCUUCGACAUCGGAACCCCCCAAUAUGACCGGCUUCACUGUCGGCCUGAUUGGAAUGGGCGACAUGGGCAAGAUGUAUGCCCGGAGACUUAGCAGCGCAGUUGUUCAAAUGAAAAAUAUACAAAUUCUCCGUAACGGUCAUCUCGUGUCUCGCGCCAGCGAUUAUAUCAUAUACAGUGUUGAGGCGGCGGUCAUCGAUCGUGUCGUCGCCCAGUACGGUCCAUCGACCAAGCUCGGCGCCAUUGUUGGUGGCCAAACGUCCUGUAAAGAUCCUGAGAUCAAGGCUUUCGAAAAGUACCUGCCCGCCGACGUUGACAUCGUAUCCUGCCACUCCCUUCACGGCCCCAAUGUCGAUCCCAAGGGCCAGCCGCUGGUGCUCAUCAAGCAUCGCGCCUCCGACGAAUCUUUCUCCAAGGUUGAGCACGUACUCUCCUGCCUUAACUCCAAGGUUGUCUACCUGAGUGCCGAUGAACAUGACCGCAUCACGGCCGAUACCCAAGCCGUCACCCACGCCGCUUUUCUCAGCAUGGGCAAGGCCUGGCAUGCAACCAAGCAAUUCCCCUGGGAGGGAACCCGUUAUGUCGGCGGCAUCGAAAACGUCAAGAUCAACCUCAUGCUCCGCAUCUAUGCCCAAAAGUGGCACGUCUACGCCGGCCUCGCCAUCCUCAACCCCGAAGCACACAAGCAGAUUGCUCAGUUCGCCAAGUCCACCACCGAGCUGUUCCAACUUAUGCUGGAGGGUCAUAGCGACGAGCUCCGCGCCCGCGUGUACGCCGCCAAGGAAAAAGUCUUCGGUGCUGAAGGAAGCCCCAAGUGGGCGAGUAAACCUCUCCUCCGUGACGAUGUGCUCGACCAGUUCAGCCUCCGCCAACCGGAAAACGGCGGCCCUUCGGCUCCCUCCUUGCCCAACAACCACCUCUCGCUGCUUGCCAUGGUCGACUGCUGGAGUGCUCUGGGCAUCGUUCCGUACGACCACAUGAUCUGCUCAACUCCCCUGUUCCGACUCUGGCUGGGCGUCACCGAGCACUUGUUCAGGACCCCGGGCUUGCUGGAUGAGUGCCUGAAGGUCGGCAUCGAGGAUCGAACCUUCAGAAGGGAUGACUUGCAGUUCACCAUUGCGGCGGCGGGCUGGGCCGAGUGUGUGGGUCUGAGGCAAUUCGAGACGUGGAGGGAGCGGUUUGCGGUUACCCAGGCUUUCUUCGAGCCGAGGUUCAAGGGAGCGGUGGAGGUAGGUAACGCGAUGAUCAAGGCAGUCCUGGCAAGCGAUGAGAAGGACUAAAGGUGUGUACGGAACGGAGACUGGGUUGGAAUGCACAUGGAGAAGGUUGAAUGCGCGAAGGGCUGUGGAACGGUAUCAGGGGAAAGAAAACGGGCAUCUUGAUGGACGAGACAUAUAUGUGGAUACAACACGGCUACCUGGCGUAGGCUUCCCAGGAACGGCCGUAGUAUUGAUAAUUGAAAAGCUGACGUCUGGAUUUUGG